GGAGCGGCGGGUGCGGUGGGGCGGAGCGCGGCGGCGGGGCAGCGGCGGGGCAGUGGCGGCGGCGGGCGGGCUGGCGGGCGUCCGAGUGAGGAUCCCGCCCGGGACCGGCGGCGCGCGGCGGCCGAGGCCCAGCUGCAGGAGCCGGCGCGCGCCCAGGCCCGGGCGGCAUGCGGAAGCCCCGCGGGCGGCAGCAUGAGUGCGAGCACAGAGGCAGGCGGCUCGGGCCGCCAGGAAUCGGGCACCUUUGGCCUGCACAUCUACCCGCAGCUGUCCGGGAUUCCCAGCCCGGCCUCCUGCUGUGUGCCAGCCACCAAGGACAGCACUACGACCGAGGUCAUCCGAGAGGCUGUGGCCCGCCUCCGGCUGGACGGCAGCCGGCGCUAUGCGCUGGUGGAAGUAAAGGAGGCAGGCGGCGAGGAGUGGGUGUUGGACCCUGGCGAUGCACCUGUGCACCGAGUGCUGCUCUGGCCUCGGCGGGCACAGGCUGAGCACCCGCGUGAGGAUGGCUACUACUUCCUGCUGCAGGAACGUGGCGCUGACGGCGCCAUCCAACACGUGCCUGCUGCCCCAGCCACCCAGGCCUCGGCCGCCCGGCGCCUAGUACAGCGCGGGCUGCUGCCACCUUCGCAGGCUGACGUGGAUGACCUGUGCAACCUGCCUGAGCUCACUGAGGAGAACCUGCUGCGCAGCCUCAAGUGCCGCUUCCUGCAGCAGAAGAUCUACACCUAUGCUGGCAGCAUCCUGGUGGCUGUGAACCCCUUCAAGUUCCUGCCCAUCUACAACCCUAAGUACGUGAAGCUCUACGAGAACCAACGGCUUGGCAAGUUGGAGCCACAUGUCUUCGCACUGGCCGACGUGGCCUAUUACGCCAUGCUGCGCAAGCGUGUGAACCAGUGCAUUGUCAUCUCGGGUGAGAGCGGCUCCGGCAAGACGCAGAGCACCAACUUUCUCAUCCACUGCCUUACGGCACUCAGCCAGAAGGGCUAUGCUAGCGGCGUGGAGCGUACCAUCCUGGGCGCUGGCCCAGUGCUUGAGGCCUUUGGCAACGCCAAGACAGCCCACAAUAACAACUCCAGCCGCUUCGGCAAGUUCAUCCAAGUCAACUACCUGGAGAGCGGCAUUGUACGUGGAGCUGUGGUGGAGAAAUACCUGCUGGAGAAGUCGCGCCUGGUGUCGCAGGAGAAGGAUGAGCGGAACUACCACGUGUUCUACUACCUGCUCCUUGGGGUCAGCGAGGAGGAGCGCCAGGAGUUCCAGCUCCGGCAGCCCGAGGACUACUUCUACCUCAACCAGCAUAACUUGAAGAUCGAGGAUGGGGAAGACCUGAAACAUGACUUCGCACGGCUGAAGCAGGCCAUGGAGAUGGUGGGCUUCCUCCCUGCCACCAAGAGGCAAAUCUUCUCUGUGCUGUCUGCCAUCCUGUACCUGGGCAACAUUACCUAUAAGAAGAGGGCCACUGGCCGAGACGAGGGCCUAGAGGUGGGGCCGAGUGAGGUGCUAGACACGCUGUCGCAGCUGCUAAAGGUAAAGCGAGAAAUCCUGGUUGAGGUCCUGACCAAAAGAAAAACAGUGACCGCCAACGACAAGCUCAUCCUGCCCUACAGCCUCAGCGAGGCCAUCACUGCCCGUGACUCCAUGGCCAAGUCCCUGUAUAGCGCCCUGUUUGACUGGAUCGUGCUGCGGAUCAACCAUGCACUCCUCAACAAGAAGGACAUGGAGGAGGCUGUCUCGUGCCUGUCCAUAGGGGUCCUCGACAUCUUUGGCUUUGAGGACUUUGAGCGCAACAGCUUUGAGCAGUUCUGCAUCAACUAUGCCAACGAGCAGCUGCAGUACUACUUCAACCAGCAUAUCUUCACACUGGAGCAGGAGGAGUACCAGGGUGAGGGCAUCACCUGGCACAACAUCACCUACACCGACAAUGUAGGCUGUAUCCACCUCAUCAGCAAGAAGCCCACCGGCCUCUUCUACCUGCUGGAUGAGGAGAGCAACUUCCCCCACGCCACAAGUCAGACCCUCCUGGCCAAGUUCAAGCAGCAGCACGAGGACAACAAAUACUUCCUGGGUACCCCAGUCAGAGAGCCCGCCUUCAUCAUCCAGCACUUUGCAGGGCGAGUCAAGUACCAGAUUAAAGACUUCCGGGAGAAGAACAUGGAUUACAUGCGCCCUGACAUCGUGGCACUGCUGCGGGGCAGCGACAGCGCGUAUGUGCGCGAGCUCAUUGGCAUGGAGCCUGUGGCCGUGUUCCGCUGGGCUGUGCUGCGCGCUGCCUUGAGGGCCAUGGCGGUGAUGCGGGAGGCCGCACGCCUGCGGGCCGAGAAUCGGGAGAGGGCAACAGGUCUGGGCAGCCCAGAUGCCCAGAGUCACUCAGCAACACCGCCUGCAAAAGCCGACACACCGUCCGAGAGGCUGUACCGCGAACUGCACCACCAGAUGAUCCAGAGCAUCAAGGGCUUGCCCUGGCAGGGUGAGGACCCCCGCAGGCUUCUCCAGUCCCUUGGCAGGCUCCAGCGGCCGCGCCUCUGUGACCUGAAGAGUAAAGGUAUCAAACAAAAGCAGAUCAUUCCCAAGAACUUGCUGGACUGCAAGUCGCUGAGGCUGAUUGUCAGUAUGACACUGCAUGACCGCACCACCAAGUCCCUGCUGCACCUGCACAAAAAGAAGAAGCCGCCCAGCAUCAGUGCCCAGUUCCAGACAUCCCUGAACAAGCUGCUGGAGACCCUGGGCAAGGCUGAGCCCUUCUUUAUUCGCUGCAUCCGUUCUAACGCUGCCAAGAAGGAGCUGUGCUUUGAUGACGAGCUGGUCCUGCAGCAGCUACGCUACACAGGGAUGCUGGAAACUGUGCGCAUCCGCCGCUCGGGCUACAGUGCCAAGUACACCUUCCAGGACUUCACAGAGCAGUUCCAGGUGCUGCUGCCCAAGGACGCCCAGCCCUGCCGUGAGGUCAUCUCGGCACUGCUGGAGAAGAUGCAUGUGGACAAAAGGAGCUACCAGAUCGGGAAGACCAAGGUCUUCCUGAAGGAGAUGGUGCGCCAGACCCUGCAGGAGACAUUGCACAGAGAGGUCCUUCGCAAGAUCUUGCUGCUGCAGAGCUGGGUACGCACGGCACUGGAGCGCCGCCACUUCCUGCAGCUGCGUCGCGCCGCAGUGGCCAUCCAGGCCUGCUGGCGCUCCUACAGUGCACGCCGGGCCCUGGAGAGGACGCAGGCCGCUGUGUGCCUGCAGGCCGCGUGGCGGGGCUACCGGCAGCGCAGAGCUUACCACCGCUGGUGCCAAAGCAUCAUCCGCCUGCAGAGCCUGUGCCGGGGCCACCUGCAGCGCCGGAGCUUCAGCCAGAUGCUCGCAGAGAAACAGAGGGAGGAGGAGCAGUCGCGGGAGAGCCAGGAGGCUUCAGUGAUGCAGGACACAGAGGCUGGGCAAGGCUUGGAGGCCACCGAGGAGCAGGUAGCCGGGCAGGAGGUAGAAGCUGCUGGGGACAGUGAGCAUACGGCUCCAGGGCCCAAGGCACAGCCAGAAGACGGGUCCCCGGUGCCAGGGCCUGAGACACAGCCAGAAGACGGGUCCCCAGCGGUGGCGGAGGUGGCUCCAGGCCCCGGGAAUGGGUCCCCAGCCCCCAGGAGCACGGCGGUGGCCAGUGAGAGUCAGGAGAAGGCGGCCAGCAGCCGGGAGAAGCGCGAGUCCCGGCGGCAGCGGGGCCUGGAACAUGUAGAGUUGCAGAACCGGCACAUGCAGGCUUCCCGUGAGGAACUCAGGGCUGGGGACGUGGACAGCAGGUCUGGGGAUGCACACCAUGGCCCGCAGCCCGAAGCAUCCCCCUCACCGCUGCCCCAGGAAGCCGCUGGGACCCCGGGUGACCCCGCACAGGAUCCUGGGCCCAGCCCUCCUCAGCGGCCCACCAGCCUGGCCCUGGACAUGGUGCCAAAGGACAGGAGCCAGCUGGCUGACAGCCCCGGGGCUGCAGUCCAUAUCCAGCGGUACCAGCCUGCUGAAGGCGAGCGGCUGGCCAUAGCUGUGGAGCAGUGGCGUGGUCGGAAGCUGGGGGCCGUCGUACUCAGUCAGUCCCUGGACCUUGGUGACAAGCACAGGGCCGCGGGUUCUGCCUCCAGCCCCACAGAGGAAAGGCGCAUCUCCUUGUCCACAGACGACAUCUCUAAGCUGUCCCCAGCCAAGGCACAGCCUUCUGCAGAAACUGAUGGGGAGCCCAGCACCAAGAAGCCAGUUGUGCACAAGAAGAAGUCGGGUGACAUUAGCUCAGGCCUGGAUGCAGGAGUAUCCCCUGGCUCACAGGCCGACUCCAAGUCCACAUUUAAAAGACUUUUCCUACAUAAGACCAAGGAUAAGAAGUCCAGCCUGGAGGGCGUAGAGGAAACAGAGACCACAGUGUCUAGGCAUGCUGCACUGGAAGCCACCACUGUGAAGAAGAAUCUGGAAGCUCCGUCCGGCCAUCAGCCGCACCACACAGCAUGCGAGAAACACACCAAGGAUGCGGGCAGCAAAGGAAAGAAGAACCGCAACCUCAAGAUCGGCAAGAUCACAGUGACUGAGAAGUGGCGGGAGUCAGUGUUCCGUAAGAUCACCAAUGCCAACGAGCUCAAGUACCUCGACGAGUUCCUGCUCAACAAGAUAAAUGACCUGCGCUCCCAGAAGACACCCAUUGAGAGUCUAUUCAUCGAGGCCACCGAGCGCUUCAGGAGCAACCUCAAAACCAUGUACUCCGUGCCGAACGGAAAGGUCCAUGUCGGCUACAAGGACCUGAUGGAGAACUACCAGAUCAUCGUCAGCAACCUGGCCAGUGAGCGCGGUGAGGACACCAACCUGGUCCUCAACCUCUUCCAGUCGCUGCUGGACGAGUUUACCAGGCGCUGCUCCAAGAAUGACUUCGAUCCAGUGAAGCCAAGCAAAGCUCAGAAGAAGAAACAGAAGCAAGAACGAGCUGUGCAGGAGCACAAGGGCCAUGUGUUUGCCAGCUACCAGGUCAGCAUCCCACAGUCCUGUGAGCACUGCCUCUCCUUCAUCUGGCUUAUGGACAAGGCCCUGCUCUGUAGCGUGUGCAAGAUGACCUGUCACAAGAAGUGCGUGCACAAGAUUCAGAACUGCUGCUCCUACCUGAGUGGGAGGAAGAGUGAGCCAGGUGCCGAGCUGGGCCACUUUGGCGUCUGCGUGGACAGUCUGACCAAUGACAAGACCUCGGUGCCCCUGGUACUGGAGAAGCUGCUGGAACAUGUGGAGCUGCACGGGCUAUACACGGAGGGCCUAUACCGGAAGUCAGGCACCGCCCACCGCACGCGUGAGCUCCGGCAGGCACUGCAGACAGAUCCCGCAGCUGUGCGGCUGGAGGACUUCCCCAUCCAUGCCAUCACUGGCGUCCUUAAGCAGUGGCUUCGAGAACUGCCCGAGCCUCUCAUGACCUUCGCCCAGUACAGCGACUUCCUCCGAGCUGUGGAGCUGCCAGGGAAGCAGGAGCAGCUGGCUGCCAUCUAUGCUGUCCUGGAGCUCCUGCCCAAAGCCAACCAUGACUCACUGGAGCGGCUUGUCUUCCACCUCGUCAAAGUGGCCCUGUUGGAGGACGUGAACCGCAUGUCUCCCGGAGCGCUGGCCAUCAUCUUCGCACCCUGCCUCCUGCGCUGCCCUGACAACUCGGACCCACUGACCAGCAUGAAAGAUGUUCUCAAGAUCACCACGUGUGUGGAGAUGCUGAUCAAAGAGCAGAUGCGGAAGUACAAGGUGAAGAUGAAGAACAUCAACCAGCUGGAGGCAGAGGAGAGCAUCGUCUGCCGCAGGCUCUCUCUGCUGCAGCAGACUGAGCCCUGGCCUUUCAAACUGAGUUUCUCAUCUCCUUGUGAGGGGGUGCUGCUGCCACCUGCCUUGCAGAGCAAAAGCCCCAAGAUCUCUGAGAGCCGAGAGGGUGACCUGGAGGAGCUGGAGGCCCUCACCGAGGAGGAGGUGGCUGGCGGUGGUGGGAGCAGCGAGAACCAGGAGAAGGAGAUGCUCAUGGAGCGCAUCCAGUCCCUCAAGGAGGAAAAGGAGGACAUCACUUACCGGCUGCCGGAGCUGGACCCCAGGGGCUCGGACGAGGAGAACCUGGACUCAGAAACGUCAGCUAGCACCGAGAGCCUGCUAGAGGAGCGGGCUGGGCGGGGGGCCUCCGAAGGGCCCCCUGUGCCUGUGCCCCCCCACCCCACAACGCCUGCCCCAAGCCCCCUCCCUGCAGCAGCCCCUCCAAGGCGCCGGCCAGCAUCCUUCGCCAUGGUCAGAGUGAAGACCCCACGGCGGACUCCUGUCAUGCCCACGGCCAACAUCAAGCUCCCACCUGGUCUGUCCUGCCACCUGCCCUCCCGAGAGCCCCCUGCCCGCCGCCCUGACCAGGUUCGCUCUGUGUACAUUGCACCUGGCCUGGGGCUGCUCACACUCGGAGCCCUUGAGCCCCUGGACGAGCACACACAGCCGACAGGGGCCAAGCGCAGGUACUCGGACCCCCCCACCUACUGCCUGCCCCCAACCCCGGGCCAGGCCCCUGGCUGAGGAGCCUGCACUGGGCUGCAGUAGCAUGGGUUCCAGGAAGAAUCCAGGUCAGAAGCUCUGGAGGGUAUAGUUAAUGGCACUGCCCCUGCCAUCGUGCAGGGCAGAGGCCCCUGGGGCCGGCUACCCUUACCUCCAGGCUUCCCAGCUGCUGAUGCGCCAUCUUGGCCACCAAAUCCCGGAAGUGGCCUCUUGUGUCCUUGCCCCUUUUGUACGUUUUUAUAACUUUGUACGUGGUUUACAUAACUUGAAACUGUAACAGCUUAAUGGGAGACCAAAUUGUUUUAUACUGUACAUUCAGACUUUGCUAUUAAGGCUGGGUGCAUCCCUGUAACCUGGGCCCUGGCAGAGCAGAGACCACAGCGGCAGCCACACUAUAGUCUCCUUGGAGUGGCCACGGGGACUGUGCACAGUACAGGAGCUUUGGACUCUGGGGCCAGCUCAGCUAUCUUGGACAGGGGACCCGCACUUGCAGUAGGCUCAGCCUCCUUACCAAGGUACAUUCUAGGAAGCACCAGAGCCCUCUGAGAGUCACAGGACAUGAGCUGGGUGACCUUGCCUGGAGCAGCACCAAUCUGCACCCCAGGGAGAUCGUGUGGCCGCCACACCUCUGUCCCUUUGUGCCUUGGGUACCAGGGCCUGGAAGAGGCCAGCUUUGUGACUCAGGACCAUGCCCUGGCCUGAAGCUGUCCGUUCCUGCAGACCCACAGCUAUGGCCCAUGCUCUUUGCAGGCCCUAAAGCUCCCAGACAUGGACACUGGGACCUGGGGCACCUGCCCAGAGCUGAAAUAAAGAUAAAGUGCCUGUGA